UCGCUAUUGUUCUGAAUGCGGGAAACUGUGGAUUUAAACCGCGCUACAGACGCUGGAAUUAAACACUUUAAAUGUGAAAAGCAGGAAAAACGGCUCAAGAGGGGACACGUGUAAUCUCAUCGUGUCUUCUUAUACUCAGACAACACUGGAUUUAGUUCGGGAGACCAAAAUACGGACCAGAUUAGGAAAUUAAGGAUGAAGAAGAAUAAAUAUUCGAAGCGGGCGUUGCAGGACUCUAGCCAGCAGCCUGCCCAGCCCGACAAAGUGGGAUGGAUCCGCAAGUUUUGUGGCAAAAGCCUUUUCAGAGAGAUCUGGAAAAACAGAUACGUGGUGCUGAAGGGAGACAAACUCUACAUCUCUGAUAAAGAGGUGAAGGAUGAGAAAAAAAUCCAGGAGGUGGUGGACCUUACAGACUAUGAGAGAUCAGAAGAACUUCGCAAGGCGAAAAGCCGGACCAAGAAAAACCACAGCAAGUUCACCCUAGUUUGCACCCACCAACCUGGCAACCCAGUUCCAAAUUUGGUAUUCCUGGCUGUCAGUCCAGAGGAGAAGGAGUCAUGGAUAAAUGCCUUAAACAUAGCCAUCACAAGAGGCAAGAACAGCGUCCUGGAUGAGGUUACAGUGGAAGAGCAGAGCUUUUUGGCUCAUCCCACGCGGGACCGAGUUAAAAUCCCACACACACGACGACUUCCCACCCGUGGGCACCUCAUGGCUGUGGCCUCGACAUCCACAGAUGGUAUGCUGACCCUCGACCUCAUUCAGGAAGAGGACACACCAUCCUCUGAAGCACAAAACAGCUCUAAAGUGGACAGCUGCAAACUUCAGCCUUACACUGACCCGACAGUCAAAUCUCAAAGUCUGCCACGGAAAAGUGAGAAUUCCUGGAAUUGGAAUGAGAGCCAAACACCAACGCCCAAAGCUGGGAAAAAGCUCAGAGGCUCAGAGAAGAGCCGCUGCGCCUCCAUGGACGAAAUCCUCGCUCAUUCAGAGACAAAGAGAUCAAUCCCACAUUGUUGUAACUCAGCCCCUGCACAUUCUAUCAACCAGCUACAGCAGCUCAUCUCACUGAAGUUGGAGAAAACUCAGGAGCUGCUAAGCGAGGCACGUGGUCAUGGUCAGGGAUGCGGGGCAGACUUUGCGUCUGGAAAAAAAGAUGCGGAACGGCUGCUGGAGGAAGCAGCCAGCGCUUGGGGGCAGGCCAGGGAUGUGCUGGAGGAGGUGAAGGAACUGAAAGUGCUGUGUAAGCAGCUGCAAGAGACAUCCUCUCCCACUGACAGGCUGAAAAGCCCACAGCAAAAUCAAUACAGAAAAAGCAUGAUGUGAGGAUGUGCAGGAGAAAUGAGGCAGUUGAAUCACUAGGGGCUAAACAUUCUUCCUUCAGUUUGUCAAAGG